CCUUCCUUACUCCUCCCCCUCAUUUCAUUGCUAUCAUUUAAUUCCUCCCCAUCACUGUGCUGUGUGCAACUCAUUUAGACUCUCUCCUUCCUUCUCCCUAAAGUUUUCCUUUUAAAAAUCUUCUUCCUUUGAUAUCUCUCAGGUUUUUUUUCUACUUUUGUUAAAAAGAAAAUAUGGGUGUUCUGGAUCAUGUCUCUGAAAUGUUUGAUUGCUCUCAUGGACACAAGAUUAAAAAGCGCAGACAGUUGCAGACGGUGGAGAUCAAAGUGAAGAUGGACUGCGAAGGCUGCGAGCGUAAAGUGCGGCGGUCCGUGGAAGGAAUGAAGGGUGUAUCCUCUGUCUCGCUGGAGCCCAAAGCUCACAAAGUCACUGUGGUCGGCUACGUCGAUCCCAACAAGGUGGUGUCCCGUAUGGCUCACAGGACCGGCAAGAAGGUCGAGCUCUGGCCCUAUGUGCCUUAUGACGUCGUGGCUCAUCCUUACGCUGCUGGAGUCUACUACAAGAAGGCUCCCUCCGGUUAUGUGCGAAGAGCCGAUGACCCUGGAGUCUCGCAGCUAGCUCGUGCUAGCUCCACCGAGGUCCGCUACACUACCGCUUUUAGUGAUGAGAAUCCAGCAGCCUGUGUGCUCAUGUGAUAUAUGGACCGUUUCAGUUUGUUAUUGAUUAUUGUUUCUGUAUAUUAAUGUUACAUAUGGUAGGUUUCUUGUUCUGGUUUUACUGCUUUGCUACUCGUAACACUUUUGAUUGUAAAUUUGUAAUAUUCCUACUCCGUUUUUUUUUGUUU